GCGAACUUCCGGGGCGGGGCGCUAAGAUGGCGGCCACCAAGCGGGUGCUGUACGUGGGCGGGCUGGCGGAGGAGGUGGACGAGAAGGUGCUGCACGCCGCCUUCAUCCCGUUCGGCGACAUCACCGACAUCCAGAUCCCGCUGGACUACGAGACCGAGAAGCACCGAGGUUUCGCCUUCGUGGAGUUCGAGCUGGCGGAGGAUGCAGCAGCAGCCAUUGACAACAUGAACGAGUCUGAGCUCUUUGGUCGGACAAUUCGAGUGAACUUGGCCAAACCAAUGCGAAUUAAAGAAGGAUCAUCUCGGCCAGUGUGGUCAGAUGAUGAGUGGCUGAAGAGGUUCUCAGGAAAGACUCUGGAGGAGAACACAGAGGAAGGAGGAACAGAGGCACCCAAAGCAGAGACACAGGAGGGUGAGCCUCCUGCCAAGAAGUCCCGGGCCAACCCCCAGGUUUACAUGGACAUCAAGAUCGGCAACAAACCUGCAGGGCGGCUCAAAAUCCUGCUGCGGUCCGACGUGGUGCCCAUGACCGUAGAAAACUUCCGCUGCCUCUGCACUCAGGAGAAAGGCUUCGGCUUCAAGGGGAGCAGCUUCCACCGCAUCAUCCCCCAGUUCAUGUGUCAAGCUGGGGACUUCACCAACCACAACGGCACUGGAGGAAAGUCCAUCUAUGGAAAGAAGUUUGAUGAUGAAAACUUCAUCCUGAAGCACACGGGGCCGGGGCUGCUGUCCAUGGCAAACUCCGGCCCCAACACCAAUGGCUCGCAGUUCUUCAUCACCUGUGAUAAAACCGACUGGCUGGAUGGGAAGCACGUGGUGUUUGGGGAGGUGACGGAGGGCAUGGAUGUGGUGCGGCAGAUCGAGGCUCAGGGCACCAAGGACGGGAAGCCAAAGCAGAAGGUGAUCAUCUCCGACUGCGGGGAGUGCGUGUGAGCGCAGGGCUGCUGCCCAGCUGCCGCUGCCAGGUUUGGUGCCCCAUCCUGCAGCGGGCUGAGCGGGGAGGCGGCUGCUGUGGGCGCGUUGUGCCUGUGCUGCUUCCUGCUCCCACUGUCUGCC